UACCACAUCUGCUCGUGACGUCAUAUCCGCGCGCCGGAUAUGGCCUCUCCGAAGCUUCUGAGUGGUGAUGUGUUUCAAGAGAUUGCACCGCAGGCUGACAUCAGAUUGAAUUUUGACAUUAGCAGAAAUAAAACGGUGGUGGAUUUGAGGUCCACGACAAAGAAGAAGCUGCGGAGAAAACCGACAGCAGCGAAACACGGAGCGAAUGGCGCCCAAAGUUAAAGUUGGCACGAAGGGAAAGAAGCAGAUAUUCGAGGAGAAUGAGGCGACGCUCAAGUUCUACACAAGAGUCAUCCUCGGAGCAAAUGCGAUCUAUGCUGCUGUAAAUUUACUGAUUUUCUACGGUUCCUCUACAUUCUGGACAUGGCUGAUGCUGCUAUUCGCCCUCGCCAUUUAUAUUGGGAGUUACCGCUCCAUGACGGCGAUGGCCAAGCCGGCGUUUGCUGAGGACGGGAGUCUCCUGGAUGGCGGAAUAGACCUAAACAUGGAGCAGGGAAUGGCAGAGCAUUUGAAGGACAUGAUCCUGCUCACAGCUAUUGUUCAAGUACUGAGCUCCAUCUCCUCUUAUUUCUGGUACCUUUGGUUGCUGGCCCCCGCCCGUGCCCUGCACCUUCUCUGGGUGAAUUUUCUAGGCCCCUGGUUCAUGGCAGAAAGCCCAUCAGCGCCUGAGGAGGUGAACGAGAAGAAACAGAGAAGACAAGAGCGCAGACGCCAGACGAGAUUCUGAUGCUGCGGAGCAGCCGGAGCAGUAUUUUUAUACAAAGAAGCUAAUAUACAGAAAAGCCAGGAACUCAUGAGUUGUUCAGGAAGACGGUUUGUAAUUUAGCGAAACGGCUGAAACCCGAGACCCUGGAAUCUUGUUUUUCCAUGUUUUUCUUUCACGUAAUCUAAUUUUCCCUAAAUGAUGAGCUGAAGUGUUCCCUGUUUAGAUAAAAGUCACCAUCCAAAAAUCAUUUUUCUUCGUGAGAUUUAAGACGUUUAUGUGUGCCUCCCAGCUGAUUUGUUUUCUGAGACAAGUCUUAACACCUCUGAUGGUUACGCUUUUGUUUUGACGUGUUUGAUUUUAUUUUCUAAGGCCCCAGCAGACGUUUGUGUGUCUUUGUUAAAAAAAAUCACAGGUGGGUUUUGUGUUGGAUGACUGGAUUGAGUUUUAAUGAGAGGGAACAAUUUUUGCAAUAAAAUUCUUUUAUUAUUCUGAUGGUUUUAUGUUUGAAAACCAUUCAGUUGUGAUGUCAAAAGUUUUUUUCAUUUCACAUCAAACUUUCUGAAGCCUGCAUGAUUUAUCAAGGCAAACCGAAUAAACAAUUUAUGCACAAAUCUAA